AGUAUAUAUGAUGCUGGUAAGCGUUGGUUGGAGAGAUGCGAAAAAUGGAAUUCGAGAAAGGACCUGUUGUUCCACCAGAGAGGAGAGAUGCUUAUAGAGUUGCUUACAUAAUCCACUUCUUGCUUGGUGCAGGCAACUUGCUUCCAUGGAACGCAUUCAUCACUGCCAUCGACUACUUCGGCUCCCUAUACCCGAACAAACACAUCGAAAAGGUCUUCUCCGUGGCUUACAUGAGCUCUUCGGUGCUGGUUCUGGUGGUGAUCAUGAGCCAAGGUGGCUGGAGCAGCAGGAUGAGUUGCAGGCUGAGGAUGAACUUAGGGUUCUCCCUCUUUGUUCUCUCCAUGAUGGUUGCUCCAACUCUGGACUGGAGCAGCAGAAAUGGCUCGAUGCCCACGGGAGCCUAUAGCAUGACAGUUGCAUCGGUUGUGGUUUGUGGAUUUGCAGAUGGAUUGAUUGCUGGUAGCUUGAUAGGUUCGGCUGGGAAGCUUCCAAAGCAAUACAUGCAGGCAGUUUUCGCUGGGACAGCCUCUUCAGGGGUUCUUGUGUCCAUCCUGAGGAUCAUCACAAAGGCAAUGCUCCCCCAGACGCCUCAGGGUCUCCGAACGAGCGCACACUUCUACUUCAUUGUCAGCACUGUGAUCCUCCUCUGCUGCAUCUUCUUCUGUAACUUGCUGUACAAGUUACCAGUUAUGCAGCAGAACCACAACAAGCUUGAUGUUGUCGCUGAUGGUGAUGAUUCAAAGCCGAGAUUCUGGUCCGUGGCUAGGAAAAUCCAGUGGCCAGCUGUUGCAGUUCUGACAAUCUACCUCGUCACUCUCUCGAUCUUCCCAGGAUUCCUAGCAGAAGAUGUCAAGUCAAACCUGUUGAGUGACUGGUAUCCUGUUCUGCUGAUAACAGUAUACAAUGUGUCGGAUUUCAUAGGAAAGUCCGUGACAGCAAUAUAUGUUAUGAAGAGCAUCAAGAAGGCCACCUGGGGUUGUUUCCUGAGGCUGCUGUUCUAUCCACUCUUUGCAGCCUGCCUCCAUGGACCAACCAAGUGGCUGAGAUCAGAAGUUCCAGUUGUGGUCCUGACAUUCAUGCUCGGCGUGACAAAUGGGUAUCUGACAAGUGUCCUAAUGAUCCUCGCCCCGAAAUCGGUUCCAGGUUCCGAGGCUGAGCUGGCUGCAAUUGUGAUGAUUGUGUUUCUAGGGAUUGGAUUGGUCUCUGGAUCUGUUCUGGGAUGGUUCUGGAUCAUAUAAAAAUAGCUCCAUUUCCUAGAAGAAGUUCACGUGUACUGCUGCUUUGAUCUGUAGAAAAAAGUUAGAGAACCUAGACAGCAGCACAUUGUUUGUAAUCCUUUCUUAAUCAGCAGCAAUUAUGAUGAUCAUAACAUUAACGGUGCAUAUCAACAGCUACUAAUUAUCUUUCAUCAUCCAACUUUACUUAAUUAGCCAGCAAACAAAUGGGUUUUGCCCAUCCUGUGAAAAAAAGUGAGCCUAACUUCCUAUUCGGAGGCAUUCACGGUAAAGCCAUGUGCCACCAGAACAGAGGUGCAACAUGGAGCUCCAUAUUAAUCAACUUACCUGAACAAAGGACACAUCAAAUAAUUGAACCCUAUUUCCCUGUAUAGGCCAAAGGUAAAAGGGUACGAAGAAAAUUCCAAAAGAAGCAGCAGCCUGUGGAAGUGGGAUGGGUACACUGAACAUUAGGAGGUUUUGUCAACAGCAAUCACAUGUAUAUGUAUGGACCAUAAGAACCUGCUUUAAAAGCACUCCAAGAUAAGAAAAAGGAAUGGGCAAUCAAUACCAAUGUGUGAAAUCAUAGAGGAGAUUCAACCGGCUUAACAGCGAAACCAUAGAAAAGUUGCAGCAAGAGUAUCGUAAUUCGGAUAAAAUGUAUCAAUUUGAUCUGCGGUACCUGAUCUAACUAGCAUGAAUACGCUAUACAAUACAGUAUGACAGACACU